AUGUUAGGAGCGCAGUGGCGGCGCAACCAGCCUUCUCGGGCGGCGGAGGUGAGCGGUCCCGGAGUUAGACAGGCGGCCAGCCAAGGGCCCAGGGUGCGGAGGCAGAGUCGGGGCGCGCCGAGGGCAGCUGAUCGGCCGAGCUUCCUGCGUUCCGGGCUGGCUGUGGGCGGGGGCGGGACGACGAGCCCGUUACACGCGGGCUGCCUCUCUGAGGGAAAGGGAGGAGCGCUCGAGGCCUGA